AUGAGUGGGCCAAUUCAACUUUCUCGAGAUGCGUCUGUAGCUGAGCAUAAUGGUUCAGAUUUUGUUUCUGGUUUAUUUCGUGUUAAUCAAAUCUAUUCAAGAGGAGUACAUUCUAUACGAUUAUCGCUUAUGGCACUACCAUCAUCAAAUAUUUUUAUCGGUAUAAUCGAAGCAACCGCUAAACAAUCAAUAUCACCGCCAUACGGUUGGGUUAUUGGUAAUAAACAAGUGAUUGAACAUAAACCAGGAGAAUUUAAAAUUUUUCAAAUGAUAAAAAAAUUUUGGUCAUUUUGGAUGCUUAAUCAACUAAAACAUUAUUUUAAUCGUGAUGGAAAACAAGAUGAUACAAUUGAAAUUGAAAUUGAAAUUGAAAUUGAUUGUGUCAAUUUAAAGAUUGCAUUGAACAAUAAACAGAUAAAUGAAAAGUACGAACUUGAUAUUGAUCUAGAUCAAUCUCCAUUGCCAUGGCAGAUUAUUAUUAAACUCGAUCAUCAUGGAGAUCGUGUACACCUUCAACAAUAA